GUGAUAAAUAAUAAAAAGUGCUACAAAAGUGAUUUAAUUUCCCUUAAAACUUCUUUACAUACAUACAUACAAAGACACUUUGAUCACUUUUUCUGCAACCAAACACGAUAGCUUGUGAAAAAUAAUUCAAACAAAUCAAAAUAAAAAUCGACUGACCCAAUUACCGAAAAACCGGCUAUAACACUCAUCACAACAAACCGCAGCUCCGCUCAAGAUCUGUUUGUCCAAAACAUUAAGAAGCUGAAACACUUCUAGGAAGCUGAAAAAGUACAUACACAUACACAACACAACGCAACAAGCAGCAUACAGCAUACAGCGGACGGCGGACGGCGGCUUAUUCAAAUUUCACCCAAAACAAUCUUCGGUGGCUCACGCACGUCGGGGCAGAGCACAGCGAGAAAGUGUAGAAACAAACAGAAGCGACAACAGCGAACAAUAACAGUGAUAAACAAAUUGACAGUGUAUAAUAACAACAACAACAAAAGAGAAAAAAAAAGAAGCGCUGACCAAACCAGUCAAGAAAGAAGAAUGCACUAAAAGAAUACCCAGUUGAACUGAAAACUUGCCUUAUUACUUUUUACCUGCGCCUUCCAUACCAUUUUCUUACAAGUUCACUAUCUUUUAAGUUACUUAAGCAGCCCGCGGCGCGCCAGUGUACGCAGUUGUAUUGCAUCUGCGCUUACAACCAGAUUGCUGUUUGUAGCGCUUCUACUCAUCCAUCGACUACCCAAUAUACGCCACAAAAGUCACUUACAAGUCAACAUGAAUUUUUACAAAAUCAGCGUAAUUUCGGUGUUCGUCCUUCUGCUCACCAUCACCACCAUUGAUGCUAAGAAACACAAGAAACAUCGGUCAUCGUAUAACGAAGCGCGAGGUAAGAGUAAAACCAAGACGAAAUGGUCCAGCUCAACAGAUUUGAGUCGUACUGGCGCACAGCUCGCAACCGAGGAGCAUGGUUACUAUGUGAAACGCACCUUUUUGCCACUCAACGCUACCGCCAAUCAGCCGUUAACAGCGCCACGUAGUCCUCCAUUUCUGGCUGUGCCCAUCGCUUGGUUUGCCUGUGAGGGGGAGGCAUGCACAAAGGCCAAUACGGCGACAAUAGGUGGUAGUGCAGCCGCAUUACAAGAUGGUUUUCUCUGCGAUGAUGAUUGCGUCGAGCCGUACGCACCAAUUUGCGGUAGAACAUCUAGUGAAUUGGCGGUUUUCUACAACAAAUGUAAGUUAAAUGUGGCCAAGUGUCGUACACAUGGUCUUUGGUUGGAUGUCGCCUAUGAGGAGUGCCAAAAGUCGCAUCCCAAAGAAGUAGCUUACGCUGAGCGUAAAUUCAAAUCAUCGCCAUUCUUUAAGAACACAAAAACUGUUGUAGCGGUGCGUAAGCCAGAAAAGGAUUCAUCAUCCUCCGAAGAGGACGAUUCCGUGUUUGACGUGGCCUUGCAAGCAUUGGACAAAAUAGGUGAUCGGAUUGCUGAAGCCGAGGCGGCAGCAAUAGAUGAGGCGUCCACUGCAAUAGUGUUAGGUGAAGUGAAUGCGCCCACUGCUAAACCAGUUAAAGUGGCGACGAUAUUAAACGGCACACCAAUUCCACAACCAGUGAAGGAAAUUAGUACAACCGCAAAGCCUGUUAAAACGAGCGAUGGUCAAAAGUUGUUGGAGAAUGAUAUAAACAAACCUGUUGUUGUGGCGGACAAUCAACCAACAACACCACCUAGUGUUGCCAUAAUAUCGGAGGCUGGUAGUAAUGCCGCUAAAGUGGUUGUGCGCGACUAACUGUACUCUCUUGUAGUUAUGUGAUAUUUUUUAAUCGAUAUUUUUGCUGAUACAUACCGAUUUGUAAAAAAAUAAAUAUUUAUUACCGUAAAA